AUGACCGGCUAUGGAGCUCUAGCAUCGAUGAUGGCAAGCCAUCAGAGCGCUGAAGCGUUCAGGAAAUUCUCCAGUAUGAACCUGGAAAACAUUCUGCACAUGCAAGCCGAAUUACAACACCUAGAAUUGAUCAUCAACGAGAUUAGAAAGAUCCCAGAGCUGAACAGCUUUGACCGAACGUGGAUCGAAUCCCCUGAACACAUGUCAGAAGAUGAUGUACGGAAUAUCUUUGAGCGGUCAAGGACCCUGCUUAACCAGUAUCAUCGAACCCUUCUGCAGACCGCGAAAAUCAACGCGAUGCACGCCCCUCAAAAGGACGAUCUGGACCUACGGAGGAAGUGGUACGACGAAGAAAGUGGUGGCAACCACUUCCUGUAUGGGGUCGAGGCAGGUAUUUUUCGUGACGAGACGAUCGAAACCGAUUUCAUGACGUUGAAAGAGAACCUGGAAAGUCAAGAUGCCUUGGCCAGAUUCCUGGGUCGAAGAAUCGUUCCACUGUAUCAUCGCACGGUCGGACACAGGAUACACCGAACCAUGGAAGAAAAGGCAUUCGAACAAACGUGCUAUUACACGCCCGAAACCUUGGUGCGGAUUGGAAAUACAAUUUGCAUGCUCCUCUCCGCAAUCAUACCAGCUCUGUCGAUCAUGGUCCUCUUCAGUGUACAGAGCAUCGGAGGUAGAUUGAUAGCCAUCAGCAUGAUGAGCCUCAUAUUUUCAUUGGUGAUGAACGUGAUUGCUCAGAGACGAGCCGACGUAUUUAUGUCCACCACCGCGUUUGCUGCGGUCCUUGUGGUGUUUGUUGGGAGUGCGAAUGUGAUGAACGGUUGA